CUUAGUCCCGGAACUUUGGUACCCGGGCGGAGCGGUGCACCCGGACCCGGAGCAGUCUCAGGCGGAAGUGUCUCUUGCGUGCGUGGGCGUAAGGUUGUUGUGCGCACCCACCCGGGCGGUUCGCAAGUCUGAGAGAAUCAAGAUGGAGGCCAUGGCGACCCCAGGGGUGGCGGCGGCGGCGGCGGCGGCGACGAAGGAACCCGAUGAGGGCUGCAUGGAGCCUAGACCUGGACACUGGGGUGAGCUAAUCCGGACACCAGUCCCAUCUAAACCCCAGGACAAAGUGGAAGCAGUUGAGGCAAUGCCAGUGACCCUGGACAGUGACACCUCCACGGCUGAAAAUGCAGCAGUGAGUGCCAUGCUGCAUGCUGUGGCUGCCAGCCGCUUGCCUGUGUGCAGCCAGCAGCAGGGUGAACCCGACCUGACAGAGCGUGAGAAAGUAGCCAUCCUAGCCCAGCUGUAUCAUGAGAAGCCACUGGUGUUCCUGGAGCGCUUCCGCACAGGCCUCCGUGAGGAGCACCUGGCCUGCUUUGGUCACGUGCGUGGUGACCACCGUGCAGACUUCUACUGUGCUGAGGUGGCCCAGCAGGGCACUGCCCGACCCCGCACCCUGCGUACCCGCCUCCGUAACCGGCGCUAUGCUGCCCUGCGAGAGCUGAUCCAAGGGGGCGAGUACUUCAGUGAUGAGCAGAUGCGGUUCCGGGCCCCCCUGCUGUACGAGCAGUACAUCGGGCAGUAUCUCACCCAGGAGGAGCUCAGUGCCCGCGCCCCGACCCACCAGGCCCCCAAGCCCGGGUCCCCUGGCAGGCCCGCCUGCCCGCUCUCCAACCUGCUGCUCCAAUCCUACGAGGAGCGGGAGCUGCAGCAGCGGCUGCUCCAACAGCAAGAGGAGGAGGAAGCCUGCUUGGAGGAAGAGGAAGAAGAGGAGGACAGUGAUGAGGAAGACCAGAGGUCAGGCAAGGACUCGGAGGCCUGGAUCCCUGACUCAGAGGAGAGGCUGAUCCUGCGAGAAGAGUUCACCAGCCGGAUGCACCAGCGCUUCCUGGAUGGCAAGGACGGGGACUUUGACUACAGCGCAGUAGACGACAACCCCGACUUCGACAACCUGGACAUCGUGGCACGGGAUGAGGAGGAGAGGUACUUCGAUGAGGAGGAGCCUGAGGAUGCACCCAGCCCAGAGCUGGAAGGGGACUGAUGGCUGCCACCCUUCUCACCGCCUGCCCCAUCCUCGACCCCAACAAGGCAACUGAUUCCAGGCCAGCUCAGUGACCCUUUCUCUAGGGAGACAUCAGGGCAGCACCCAUCGCCCCACACAUACCACCAUCUCGCUGGGUCUAGUCUCGUCUCAGGCAAGCCCACCCCCUCUUGUUUCUGGGGUUCCCUGCCUUUGUCCUCUCUCCCACCCCGUCCCUUGCCUCUGUCGUUGCCUGUGGGCUUCUCUCUCUCCCUGCCCCCGCUCCCUCUUGCCAAUGCUCUGGCUGGCUGUCUCCCCUUGCUGGAGGCCAGCUAGCAGGCCGUUUCAUAGCUGGAAGUGGCCGGUUUGGUUCUUGUGCUGACCCCUGGGCCCCAGUGCAGCCGCCUCCUGUGCGUCCGUCUCCCCCUCUCUGUUUAUGUCUGCACUCUGUUUCACACUCUGAGCCUCCUCGCUUCUGUUAGGUUCCCAUCUUUCCUUCUGCCUCACUUUGGGCCUCUUGUUCUUUCUGCUGGUACAUUUCCACCUCUCUAGGCAUCUGCUGUCACUGUCCCUGUCUGUCUCUCAGCUUUUAUCUCUGCAUUUCAAUCCCCUGCUCCAGGCUCUGGGCCCCUUCUUCCCUCUUCCCUCAAACCUGGCUGCUAUGGGCUAGGCAGUACGCUGACCACCGAGUAAUGCAGCCCCAGGGGAGGGAGGAGACCCCGGGGAAGGAAGGCUGGGGCACAGCUCUCAUCACUCCCAAGGACCCAGGCUGGGGGUCACGGGGCCUGCCAGCUUGAGUGUAGAGGGAGGGGGGACUCGACCCCCUCAGCCCCACCAGCCCCCCUCUGCCCAACCACAAUUUUCCCUUCCUCCGCCUUCCUCUCCCUCUCCUGUUUACACUCCCCAAAUGUGCACAGGCUGUUAUCAUGGGUCCUGAGUCAUCCCACACACAGCCUGCCCCAGCAUCCCUGCCCCCAGCUGGCCGCAGGGCCCGCCCCAUGGAGCCCCCUGCCGCCCUGGGCUAAUGGGAGCCAGAUGGCCGCCUGGUGACUCAGCCACGGGCCUGUGGGAACCCAGGCGUCCCGCCUUCCCAUGCCCCCACACCCGGCUCCUGCUCCCCCAGCAGACAUACACACAGAAGGGCCUGGCCACUAUUGAGGGGGUGCACAGGCCAAGGGUCAGCAAGACAGGGCCUGGGGACUCCUCAUGCCUCUGUGAUGGAAGGGUGGCGUCCUGCCAUGGCUCAGCCUGAAGGACCCUCAAAACUACCUCCGGGAGUCCACCAGCCUCAGCUGUGCCCUCUGGGUCAACCAGAAUUUGAGCCAGACAGGGAAAGUGAGAGCUGGAUGGAGGGAGACAGAUGUUCAGACAGAGCAACUACUAAAGAACGAAAGCCUCCCCUGUGGAGCGCUUCUGUCCUCUCAGGCCCGAGCCACAGCCCAGCCAACUAGUGAAAUGGGUCACGGGAGGCCCGGAAAGGUGCUGCUUCCUCAAGGCCACUCGGCCAUCAGAGACAGACGUGACACACGAACCCAGGCCUAGGGCCACAAAGGUCCUAGAGAUGACCGGGCUGUCUGGCUGGUCAGGUGUCGGGGCCGUCCAGAGCUGGGCAGCGUUGAAGGGACAAGUGCACACGCAGGCGCCCUCACAAAGGAAGGUUGGAGAAGGGUCAGACGGCAGGCCUAGUGCCCCGUGCUGGGCACUGUCCUGGACACAGACAGGAUCGGGUCAUCAUGUGGAGAUCAGUCUCCAAAUCACUGAGUUGGCCCAGCUGUGCUAUGUGCUAGGGACAGAUAUCACUCCUUUGUCACCCAGAGGAGGAAGCGGUUGCCAGGCCCAAGAUAACCCAGCAGCCAGACUCCGGGACCUCAGGGUCACACCUCGGAGAGCCAAGAGUGCAAGAUGAGAGCCGUAUGUCUCUUACGUAUCUGCAUUUGUGCCCCGUUUGUAAGAGCAGAGGGCCUGGACCACAGGAAGAGUAUCAGCCUUUGGUGACAGGCACAUUUUUGACCAGUCUAUCAUUUGGUCAUUAAAUUUGUUUACGCUAUACUCUGCU